AUGGCGAUUUACGCAGUAUCUACAAAUACCACAUCGAUGCAUACACUGCAUUGUAUUAGCUUAAAACGAAAAAAAGAAGAAGAUUUAAACUCGAUUUACCAAAUGAUUAAGACAGAAAUGAUUGAAUCAAAGAAACAUCUUCCUCAAAACAUUAUCAGAGAUAUUUUAGAUAUGAUCCCAUAUAAUAAUCGCUAUACAAAGUCGUAUUUAACUCUUGCCAAACUCAUCUCUGAUGAAUAUCAAGUCAAAGAUAUUAGCAAUGUUAACCCUAUUUCAAACUUCUUGUUUUACAAAGAGUAUGGAAUUAAAUUAAACAAGUCAACUAAUUUUGCAAAAUUUAAUCCAGGAAAUGUCGAUAUUCAAGCAGAAAAUACAAUUCACAAAGCUAUUAUGUAUAAUGAAAAAGAAAAAUUUAUUUCAUUCACAGAAAGAGAAGGAUUUGAUAAAGAUCAAAUUCUUAUUAGCAAAUUAUAUCCACAUCUCUAUUUUUCUGAAGGAUAUACAUUGCUUGAAUUAUGCUGUUACUAUGGAGCAGUUGAUUGUUUCAAAUUCUUAAGAACAAAAUUUGACUCAAAAAUAACUGAAAUAUGUCUUGUUUUUUCAUUUUUAGGAGGAAAUCCAGAGAUCAUGAGUGAAUGUUUGAAAUAUCAAAAACCAAAUGAAUAUUGCAUGGAAUAUGCAAUUAUUUCACACAACAUUGAUUUUGUUGCAUUCUUGAUGAAUGAAUAUAAUGAAAAGAUCAAUUUACAAGUUUGCGGAAUACACAAAAAUCUUGAAGCAUUUUUAGUUUAUUUCGAUCAAACACAUGCAUCCAACGAAUGUUUUAUUUAUUCUGCAAUGUUCAAUGUUCCUUCACUUGCUGAAUAUUUUCUUUCUCAUGGUGGAAAUAUCAAUGAAAAAGAUGAAUUUGAACAUACUGCUCUUCAUCAUGCUGUACGCAAUAAUAAUACCGAAAUGCUCGAGUUUCUUAUUUCACAUGGUGCAAACAUCUCCGAAAGAGAUACUGAUCUGGGAACUGCUCUUCAUAGUGCAUCAGAAAAGAAUAGUAAGGAAAUAGCCGAACUUCUUAUUUCGCAUGGUGCUAAUAUCAAUGAAAAAGAUAAUAAAGGAAAAACCCCUCUUCAUUGCGCAGCAUGUAAUAAUUGUCCCAAAGAAACAGCCGAAUUUCUUAUUUCUCAUGGUGCAAACAUCAAUGAAAAAGAUGGACAAGGAAAAAUCGCUCUUCAUUAUGCAGCAUUGGAAAACAAUAAUGAAACAACUGAACUUCUUAUUUCACAUGGCGCAAAUAUCAAUGAAAAAGAUAAUAAUGGGGAAACCGCUCUUCAUUAUACAGCAGAAUACAAUUGUUAUGAAACAGCUGAACUUCUUAUUUCGCACGAUGCGAAUAUCAAUGAAAAAGACAAAUAUGAAAGAACCGCUCUUCAUCAUGCAAUAUUGAAAAACAAUAAAGAAACAUACAAUCUUCUUAUUUCACACGGUGCAAAUGUCAAUGAAAAAAAUAAAUAUGGAAAAACCGCUCUUCACUAUGCAACAGAAAACAAUUUCAAAGAAACAGCUGAACAUCUUAUUUCGCAUGGCGCGAAUAUCAAUGAAAAAGAUAAAUACGGACAAACAUCUCUUCAUUAUGCAGCAACGAAAAACAGUAAAGAAACAGCUGAACUCCUUAUUUCCCACGGUGCGAAUAUCAACGUGAAAAAUGGAGAAGGAAAAACCGCUCUUCAUUAUGCAGCAUUGAAAAACAAUAAAGAAACAGCAGAACUCUUUAUUUCUCACGGAGCGAAUAUCAACGAAAAAGAUAAUAAUGGAAAAACCGCUCUUCAUUAUGCAGCCUCGGAAAACAGUAAAGAAACAGCUGAACUCCUUAUUUCUCACGGUGCGAAUAUCAACGAGAAAGAUGGAGAGGGAAAAACCGCUCUUAAUUAUGCAGUUGAUAAGAAUCGUAAAGAAAUGGAAGAAUUUCUUAUUUCACACGGUGCAAUAAAAUAUUCUUCCUUCAACAGAUUCAUCUCUUCUUUUUUGGGAAAGAAUUAA